AUGGGGAAGCGUUCUGACGUGUCUCCAAAAAAGAAAACUGAAAUUAAGACUUUGCUUCAACACUAUGCUGAACAGACUUUGAACAUAGAAAAAUCUCCAGACACUAUUUUUAUAUCUAAUAAUGAUGAAGUUGGUGAAAUACAGCAAUAUGUUGAAGAGAAUUCUUGGCCCCUGAAUGAAGUACAUAAUCGAAGUGUAGAGCAGGUAAUAAAUAUGGAAAGUGUACAGACGAUAAGGUUCGUAGCCAGCCAGCAUGAGCCAGCAAAUGAAGCUUCUAAUCUAAUAGAUGGUAUAAUUAUAAGGGUAUGUAAAAAGUUCUUUAUGCACACUUUGGAUAUUGGGCACUCAUUUAUAACGACGUUAUGUAAGAAAACAACAUCAUCGGGUAUAGUUUUAGAAGAUUUAAGAGGUAAGCAUGACAAGAAAGGUAAACUACUCGCAUUACCUGACUUUGUUAAGGAUGGAGUACGUGAACACAUAAAAUCAUAUCCUACUAAGGAAUCACACUACUGUCGAGCAUCAUCAAUUAAACAAUAUUUUGAUGGUGAUUUAAAUCUAUGUAUGAUGUACAGGCAAUACAAAGAGUGA